AUGCAUCUACGCAUCGUCGCCUACCUUCUCGGGCUGCCUUUCCCUGCUGUUCUCGCUCGGCCUUCGACAUACCAGCACUUCAAGAACCUUGAGGGAGCCAGCCCAUCCUCCGCUUCCCCUUUGGCUGCCCACCAGCCUCUCGUCGCAGUCGCAGCGCCAAACGCCAGUGUCCAAGCUCUCGCGACCUUCCAGUUCUACACCUCCGCGCAGCUCCCGACCUCCCCUGCGCCAUCGUCGUCGUGUGCUUCGGCGCUGACAGCAACGAUUGGUUGUGACCCAAGUGUCCAGUACAGCGUCUACGCCAACGCGCUUUCCGUCGACACCAUUUGCACUACUGCGUGCAAAACCGCUCUGCAGUCGUACCGCAGCGCCGUUGCCAGUGCGUGUGCGGGGUACGCGUGGCCGGGACCAAAUGGGUCCACCCACGUAGCUAGCCUCGCCGUCGACCUCAUUCUCGGGCCGUACAACGCGCGCUGCCUGAAGGACGAGGAUAUAUCAACACAGUGUCCCAUUGCGAUGGCUGCACUUCACGGAGACUUUUCUGGGUUUGAUCUGACGGAAUGGGCGGACAUCCCUGGCGGGCGCGACGCUGAGUGCUCGUCCUGUGUGCUGCAGACGAUCAAGACGACGCUUUCUGACCCGCUGGAAUAUUCCCCGGCACAGUAUGCCGAGUUCCAGGACAUCCUCGGCGACUGCGGCACCGGCUACUCGCGAUAUAACACCACCCCGCGCGCUCUCGUCCCGGCCUAUACUCGCGGGAGCAGCUCCCUUCCGGGCCCGCCCGGGCCAGUCACCCCGCCGUGCCUGGCGCCGAACAUCAACGUCGUGCUCAGCAAGACCAUGACCUGCGACGCGAUCGCGACGCAGUUCUCGCUCAGCUACCUCGACAUCAUGACGCUCAACCCGUGGAUCACGCCCGCCGCGUGCCUCCAAGGUGUGAGCCAGAAUUCGCGCCUCUGCGUGCCCAAGCCGUGCACGACGUAUAUUAUGGGCAGCACAGAGAGCUGCGCGGACGCCGUGCAGGACAUCAACAAUUUCGGCGGGGGCCUGCCGGCGAAGAUCACGGUCUCGCAGCUCGUUGCGUGGAAUCCGACGCUGGAUGGGAUUUGUAAGCUCGGGCCGGGGAGGCGCAGUAGUGCGAACAUGCGUAUCUGUAUGGGUCCCCCAGGAGGAUUCCCUGCGCUGAGUAAUGACGGUGGCAGCGCCGUCCCUACGCAGAGUCCAACGGCCACAAUUGCUCCACCUGGGCCCACAUCUGACGGUGCUACCAGCUCGUGCAGCCGGUGGUACACUGUCCAGUCGGGGGACUUCUGCCCGCGACUCCUCCUGGCCAACGCGAUCACGCUGUCCGACUUCCGCACACUCAACCCGCAGGUCAAUGAGGCGUGCACGAAUCUGGUUACCGGACGCGCAUACUGCGUGCUCCCGCUCAUCGCGCCAGACAAGACGCCAGUCCCGCUCUUCACCGUGCCCGGCGCGGUGGUCACGGGCGGCACGCUGCGCAUGACGCCGAUUUCCACGCUGGCGGUGUCCUCGGGUGCGGCGGCUACAACUGCUGUUGGAGGUUAG